AUGAGUGAAUUGGUUCUUCGGAACCUCCUUAUAUACGAGCAGUUUUCUGAUGUUAAUAAAUAUGUUACAUCAUAUGUUUAUGCCAUGGAUAUGCUAAUCGAUACUCCGGAGGAUGUUGCCAUUUUGGUAAAAUCAAAAGUCCUUACAAAUCUUUCGAGUUCGAACGAGAAUGCUGCAAAUAUGAUAAAUGGAUUAGUCAAAUUUGUUAGCAUCCCAGAUUUCUUUUAUGAUCAACAGUGGAAAGAUAUGGAUGCAUACUAUAAUAGUUACUGGCCCAAUACUCUUGCAGGUUUGAAGGGUAAAUAUUUCAAUAAUCCCUGGAAUGUAAUUGCUCUAAUUGGUGCACUUGUCCUGUUUGCACUUACCGUGGUUCAGACCUUCUUUACUAUCAAGGCCGCAAAUGCGACCAAUGUAACGAAGUAA